AUGGCUUCAGACGACGCAAUAACUUAUGAAGUGAUAGAUAGAGCGGUAGUAAUUACUUUGAAUGCUCCGAAAAUAUUGAAUGCAUUAACUUUAUCACAGUAUGAUCAAAUUGCAAAAUAUUUAGAACAAGCUAAUGAAGAACCAGAUACAAUAAUAACAUUAUUACAAUCAUCAGGGAGAGCAUUCUCAGCUGGUGCAAAUGCUCAAUUCAUAGGCCAACAAGACUCAGAAUUGGAAACAUGGUUGAAUUUAUCAGUUGCUAAACAAACUUACUUAGUUCAAACUAUAUUAAAUCAUAAAAAAAUAUUUGCAAUUGCUUUGAACGGAUUUGCAAUUGGUUUGAGUGCAGCUAUUGUUGCAUUAGGUGAUCUAAUAUAUACUCAUGAUGUGAAAAAGACAUUUUUAUUAACUCCAUUUGCUAAUAUUGGAAUUGUUGCUGAAGGUGGUACAUCAGUAACUUUGCCAUUUAGAUUAGGUUGGUCAAAAGCUAAUGAAGCUUUAUUGUUAUCGAAAAGAAUCAGUGGCGAAGAUUUAUACAGACUAGGUUUAAUCAACAAAGAUUACGAGGGAAAAUAUAGUUCAACGGAAAGAUUCAAUAAACAAGUAUUAGACGAGUUAUUAGAUUCAACUGAAAAUUUACAUCCUGAUUCAAUAAUUGAGAAUAAAAAAUUAUUACAAAAGAUGUAUAAACCUCAAAUAUCAGCAGUCAAUUCUCAAGAAGUCUUUCAAGGUUUAAAACAUUGGACUUCAGGUGUACCAAUGGAUAGAUUUAAAAAAUUAAGUUCUGGAGAAUUAAAACAUAAAAUUUAA